GGACGAAUUUCAGUUGUUUUUAAAGCAGAGAAAAUUAUGUUUAUCAUACGAUAAUAUAGGUCUCAUCACUUGCAAAGUUCAACUUCAAAUCACAUGGGCUUCGCAGCUAGAUAAUUAAGAAAAGUUUGAUGAUGUUGAUAUAGCAAUUGUGGUGAUUUAUUAUGUAGUUUGAUUGACUUUUAAUAUUGUAACUUGUAAGCCAAGUGUAGCAAAUGAAACCGAAAACUGCAUCAUUGAAAGAACAAUAAAGAGAUGGCAGAAGAUGAGGAAUGUUUGGAAAAAGAUCCAGUAUUAAUCUUAGACAAGAUGCAGGAAUAUGGUCACUUGAGUCAAACUUAUGCACUACAUCUAAAGAAAAAUGUUCAAGGGAUACAAAGUUUAUUAUCAGAGUGUCAAAAAAAUGAAGAAAUUUUAUCAUCAAAGACAAAAUUGUUAAAAGAAGAGAAAAAUAAAUUAGUUAAAGAAAUCAGCCAAUUAACUCAAGACCUUCCUAGCUCUGCAAAAAAGGAAAUACAACGGUUGAGGUUGGAAUUAGUAAAGCAGGGUAAAGCCUUAGAAGAGCAUUCUGAGAAGCAGUUAGAAAUAUUUCAGAUUAUUGAAAGUUUACAAGUUGAAAAAAGUGAUCUGCUGAACAAACUACUAAUGAAUGAGGAAGAAGUUGACAAUGAUGAAGAAGAAGAUAAAACACCUAAGUUUCUAAGUUUUCGUCAGCUUGAAAAACUUGCUUGGUUCUAAGAGCUGAAAUAAAUGAACAUCAAGAAGA